AUGAUAAAUGACCAAUAUCCGGUUGACGUUUUCACUGCAUCAGUUUCUUCCGUUUCAAUCAGAUUCGUUAAAUUCUCUCUCUCUCUCUCUCUCUCUCUCUCUCUCUCUCUCUCUCUCUCUCUGACUCAUUCAUUCUUUCUUGCUCUUUGUGUGGUUUCAAUUUUAAAUAUUCUUCCUUCUUUUCAUUUUUAUUCUUCUCUUUUUCGCCACUCUUCUUGUUUCGCUCUUUUUCAGUCUAAUGCUCUCUCUCUCUCUCUCUCUCUCUCUCUCUCUCUCUCUCUCUCUCUUCUACGCAUUUCCCUACUUUAUCUCCUUUAUCCUUUUUUUCUUCUUCUAUCUCUCUUCUUUGUCUUCUUUUUCCUUCCUCUUUCCUCCCCUCACGACGCUAACUUCUUUCUCCUCAUUUUCUUUUUUUCAGCACCCCCCACAUUUCCAACAUUUACCCUUUUUCCUCUUUUCUUCUUUUUUUUCUCUCUUUUCAUUCUUUUUUCUUCCUUUUUUUCCCCCCCCCCUCUCUUUUGCUUUUCGUCCCCCCUCCUUCAUUUUCUAUCUCUCCUUUCUCUCCCUCCUCCCUCUCUCUCUCUCCAUUCAUCUUUUCCUUUUCUCAUCCUUCUUCUCUCUUUAGAAUUGUCCCCUUCUUUCUUUCAUUCUUUCAUUCUUUCUUUCUUUCUUUCUUUCUUUCUUUCUUUCUUUUGUCCUUUCUCUCUUCAUUCCAUUUUUUCGUUCUUUCUGUCCUCUUUCUCUCUUUCUUCUCUUCCUUUCUUUUUCUUUCUUUUCUUCCUUCUGUCCUCUUCUUUCUUUCUUACUUCCUUUCUUUCUUUCAUUCUUUCUUUCUUUCUUUCUUUUGUCCUUUCUCUCUUCAUUCCAUUUUUUCGUUCUUUCUGUCCUCUUUCUCUCUUUCUUCUCUUCCUUUCUUUUUCUUUCUUUUCUUCCUUCUGUCCUCUUCUUUCUUUCUUACUUCCUUUCUUUCUUUCAUUCUUUCUUUCUUUCUUUUGUCCUUUCUCUCUUCAUUCCAUUUUUUCGUUCUUUCUGUCCUCUUUCUCUCUUUCUUCUCUUCCUUUCAUUUUCUUUCUUUUCUUCCUUCUGUCCUCUUCUUUCUUUCUUUUCUUUCUUUCUUUCUUUCAUUCUUUCUUUCUUUCUUUUGUCCUUUCUCUCUUCAUUCCAUUUUUUUCGUUCGUUCUGUCCUCUUUCUCUCUUUCUUCUCUUCCUUUCUUUUUCUUUCUUUUCUUCCUUCUGUCCUCUUCUUUCUUUCUUUCUUUCUUUCUUUCGUAUCUUCUCUCUUCAUCCCAUUCUUUUUGUCCUUUUUCUUUCCUUAUUCUCUUCCUUUUUUCUUUUUUCGUUCUUCUUUCUUUCUUUUUGUCAUUCUCUCUUCAUUCUAUUCUUUCGUUCUUUCUGUCUCUUUCUAUCCUUCUUCAGUUCCUUUCUUUCUUUUCUUCCUUCGUUCCUCUUCUUUCUUUCUUUCUUUUGUUCCUUCUCUCUUCAUUCCAUCCUUUUCAUUCCUUUCUUUCGUUCUUUCUGUCUUUUUACUCUUCUUCCUCUCUUCUUUUCUUCCUGCCUCUUUCUUUCACACUUUUCUCCCUUCUCCCUUCCUUCCUUUACAAUUCUCCCCCACAUCCUUAUACAGCCCUUCGUUCCUUCUCGUUUCUUUCUUUCCUUCUUUCGCAGCUAUUAACACAUAAAGCAUAUUUUUAUUCAUUCAUUAUCUAUUUUCUUUCGUUAUUUCUUUCUUUUCGUCUCUCUUACUUGUUUUUCCGUUUUCUUUCUACUUUCUUUCUUUCUUUAUUUAUUUCCAUGUCUCUUCGUUUUUUCUCUUUUUUUCUUUAUUUCUUUCUCUCUUUUAACAUCUCUUCUUUUUCCUUCCGCUUUUUCUUUCCUUCUUUCUUUCUUUCUUUCUUUUUUCUUUCUUUCUUUCUUUAUUUAUACAUACUCAUGUCUCUUCUUUUUUCGUUUUCUUUUUUUUUUCUUUCUCUCUUUUAA